AUGAGCGGCGCCGCUGCACCUCCUCAGCCUCCCUUCGUCGGCGGGAGGGAGCUCUCCGAUCCCCCAUCCGAUGGCAUCUCCAACCUCCGCUUCUCCAACCACAGCGACCACCUCCUAGUCUCCUCCUGGGACAGGACGGUUCGACUCUAUGAUGCGCAUGCUAAUGUCCUUAAAGGGCAGUUCGCACAUGGAGGACCAGUUCUUGAUUGCUGCUUUCAAGAUGAUUCCUCUGUGUUCAGUGCUUGUGCCGAUUGCAAAGUCCGCAAGCUUGUCUUUAGUUCCGGCGAGGAGGAAAUAUUGGGGAGGCAUGGUGCUCCUGUUCGCUGUAUGGAGUACUCUUCUGCUUCAGCUCAGUUAAUCACGGGCAGUUGGGACAAGACGCUCAAGUGCUGGGAUCAAAGAGGUGCGAGUGGACCGGAUCGAACCCUUAUUGGGACAUAUCCACAGCCUGAGCGUGUAUACUCUCUCUCUCUCGUCGGCCAUUGCUUAGUAGUUGCAACAGCAGGAAGACAUGUGAAUGUCUAUGAUUUGCGAAAUAUGUCCCGACCUGAGCAAAAGAGAGAAUCUUCUCUGAAGUACCAAACAAGAUGCGUUCGGUGUUACCCUGAUGGGACAGGUUUCGCUCUCAGUUCAGUGGAAGGACGGGUUGCUAUGGAGUUCUUUGAUUUGUCUGAGGCUGCUCAAGCUAAGAGGUUUGUGUUCAAAUGCCAUCGAAUAUUUGAUGGUCAAUACGACACAGUUUAUCCAGUGAACACCAUUGCAUUCCAUCCGAUCUAUGGGACAUUUGCAACUGGUGGAUGUGAUGGAUAUGUGAAUGUAUGGGAUGGAAACAACAAGAAAAGAUUAUAUCAGUAUGCGAGAUACCCAUCAAGCAUAGCAGCACUAUCUUUCAGCAGAGACGGCCGUCUUCUUGCCGUGGCUUCAAGCUACACUUUUGAAGAUGGAAAUAAACCUCAUGAACCCGAUGCAAUCUUCGUGCGGAAUGUCGGUGAAGUCGAAGUCACACCGAAGCCGAACGUAUUGUCUCCACCUCAAAAUUGAUAUCACAGGUAUAGUAUCAGGUAAAUCGGUCUCGAAUUUGUAAAGCGAGCAUGUUACAGAUCCUAUAAAUUUUGCCGAUUACUCGUAGUGUUACGACGCUAGAUACACUCUUUUUCCUUUUGGAUGCUUCCCUGGUUUUUGUUGCUUGGAAAGUAAUUCUGCAUCCAUUGCCAUGUAAAUGAUGCCAUAAAACUUCCAUUAGGUUCAGAUAAACACCAAAUUUAAUAGGUAAAAUGAUAGCUUUAAGAGCAAAGAAUGUAAUUUCUAAUCAUCAUAUAAGAAAAGCUAAACAUUUGUGGAUUUCUUUUCUUUUUUUGUGUGGCAAAUUAAGGAGUUAAAAGCCGUGGCACGGGUCGUGUCGGAAAUUUGCUGGCAUGAUACGGGACGGUGCGUGUCGGGUUAUGCCGAUGCGUGCCGGUCACAAAA